AUGUCUGGACGCGGAAAAGGAGGAAAAGUGAAGGGAAAGACGAAGACUCGUUCCAAUCGUGCUGGACUCCAGUUUCCCGUGGGACGUAUCCAUCGUCUCCUGCGAAAGGGAAAUUACGCUGAGAGAGUCGGUGCUGGAGCUCCUGUUUACUUGGCUGCCGUCAUGGAAUAUCUGGCUGCUGAAGUUCUUGAGUUGGCCGGCAAUGCUGCCCGUGACAACAAGAAGACCAGGAUCAUUCCACGUCAUCUUCAAUUGGCCAUCCGCAAUGACGAGGAAUUGAACAAAUUGCUGUCCGGAGUCACAAUUGCCCAAGGCGGUUUUCUGCCCAACAUCCAGGCAGUUCUCCUGUCCAAGAAAACCGAGAAGAAGACAUAA